CAGCUGAAAACCAGGACCACUAAGCGAUUGGAUAUCCCGAAAGUUCCCUUAUUAUAUAUGGUGAUGCUACCCGCACCGGCCAGGUGUUCAAUAUCAUCUCCAACUCUUGCCAUCUCAAUUGUGUCGAGAAUUCCUUCAACCUCGGCAUUGUUUCUGGAUCCCCGGUCUAUGCCAGAGUUGAAUGCAGCCUAUCACCGGAUAUUCUUUGUCUUCAUCGGCAAAGAAGAAAAGCGAAGCAUUAUCCGUGGUGAACGACGAAACAAUCUUGUCCAGGAGAUCGAGAUUGCCUGCAUUGGCUAGCUCGAGCCCUUUGAGCUUCUCUCCAACCUUCAAGUUGUUCCUUAAUAUAUAUAGUUGGUAUGGAUUCAGCCUACCACCGGAUUUCCUUCUUCUUU